GCGGAGAGGAAGAGGUAAGCCGUUUGACAACGACCGCGGUCGCUGUCGAGCCACACCGGUCGGCUCUGUGUCUCAGCUGCCUCCGUCGCCGCGUAGAUAACCGGCCGCUCAGUUGAUGUAACGUCAGCCGAGCUAACGUUAACACAAACUUAACGUGUGCUAAAGUAGCCUUCAGCGGCUAACGGUGCCAGCGGCGCAGCAGCAGCAGCGUGUUAAAAGACCCUCCGCGGCUCUGUUUCCUACAACCAGGCUCCGACAAGACAGCGACAGAUAAUACAAACUUCACGCCGUCACGCCAAGACACCGACGCACCAAAACCUCGCCUAAACUGGAGUAAAAUCACCGUUUCCUGAUUAUUCCUGCUCCCAACCGUGAACCUUAGCCUCGACGUAUCUGCGUUUAUCGAGCAGCUGAGCCAGGCUGCCACUUGAGGACAGCGGGGGCUCUCUAAUGUUCCCCACGUUCAUCCGAUGAACCCCCUCAACUCCAUGAAACCCUCCCUGCCUCCCACUCCACAAAGCAGUGACAGCCCCUUCCUAAAUGACCCAGUCUCCUGGCAACCAGGCACCAAUCAGCACGCAGGAUCUCUCUCUGUAGUAACCACAGUGUGGGGCGUGACCAAUCCCACACACAGCCAGGUGUUCGGUGCACCCAUGGGUCCAGGUGAGAGCUCUGGCAGUCACAUGAUGCCUGGCGGCAGCCCCGGGAUGGCUGCUGGUAUGGGCUCCCAGUUCAUGGGCCAGCAGUCGUAUGGAGACGCUGUAUCCAAGGGCUACGGCCAUCCAGUCAUGUACGGACGUCCCAGCGUUGCCUACAACCCGUCCUCGGCCUACGGUGGGAGUUACUCUGGUAACAGUGGAGGUGCCGGUCUGGGUGUUCGUCCUCCCUCAGACUUUACCCAGGCUGCUGCCGCCGCUGUUGCCGCUGCCGCUGCCACGGCAACUGCCACUGCCACGGCAACAGUCGCCGCAAUACAGGAAAAACAGAACCAGGAGCUGAGCUAUGGACAGAUGGGUGGAGCAUCCUCUUACAGCACCCAGUUCCUGUCUCAUUCGGGUCCCCGAGGACCUCCAGUGAUGAACCCUGGUGGGAUGGUCCCUUCCAGGCCCGGACCUCCACCCUCCACUGGGGGCUUGUAUCCCUCUCACCCUGCACAGGCGCAGAAGAUGGCCCAGCACGGGGGCUAUCCUGGCGGACAGCAAGGGCUCAAACGGCCUUUCCAUUCAGAGGGUUUUCCAGUGCAGCAGUACGGCUCUGGUGGGAUGUCAGGGUACCCUAACCAGCCCCUGCAGUACCCCACGGUCCCACAGCAGAGAUGUGCCCCCUCACCCUCAUACCCCUCCAGCCGGAUGCCUCUCAUGGGACAGUACACGUCUGGAUCACACAACCCAGCACAGUUCCCCCCCGGAGCAGGCCAGCCCAAUCCUCCACAGUAUUAUAAAUCGGAGCCUUUCAAUGGACAGAGCAGCCUGCCAUCAGGAGCAGCCGGAGGGUACAAUGCCUUCACACAAGCUGCAGUGAACGGGCCAGGUCGGGGCGGAGUGAUGCCCGGGUAUCCCAGCUCACCGAUGGGAGGGAAUCCCACCCCCCCAAUGACACCUGGCACCUCCAUACCUCCCUACCAAUCCCCAGGCCAGGACACGAAACCCCCCUACCUUCCGCCAGACACCAAACCCAACAUCGGCAGCCAGCAGCCCUCUACAGGUAACCCCAGUGACGACCUGCGUCUGACAUUCCCAGUCCGGGACGGUGUCGUGUUAGAGCCGUUCAGGCUGGAACACAACCUGGCCGUCAGUAACCACGCCUUCCAGCUCCGAGACUCGGUCUAUAAAACGCUGAUGUUGAGACCUGAUCUGGAGCUGCAGUUCAAGUGUUACCACCACGAGGACAGACAGAUGAACACUAACUGGCCCGCCUCCGUACAAGUCAGUGUCAAUGCCACCCCUUUGUCCAUUGAAAGAGGGGACAACAAGACCUCCCACAAGCCCCUGUACCUAAAGCAAGUGUGUCAGCCGGGACGUAACACUGUACAGAUCACCGUAACAGCCUGCUGUUGUUCCCACCUGUUUGUGUUGCAGCUGGUCCACCGGCCGUCCGUCAGGUCUGUCCUGCAGGGUUUGAUGAAAAAGAGACUGCUGCCGGCGGAGCACUGCAUCACUAAGAUAAAGAGAAACUUCAGCAGCGGCACUAUCCCCGGGACCCCCGGUCUGAACGGUGAGGAUGGCGUGGAGCAGACCGCAAUCAAAGUUUCUCUCAAAUGCCCGAUCACAUUCAGACGAAUCCAGCUGCCAGCCAGAGGUCACGACUGCCGACACAUACAGUGUUUUGACCUGGAGUCCUACUUGCAACUGAAUUGUGAAAGAGGGACCUGGAGGUGUCCUGUGUGCAAUAAAACAGCUUUGCUAGAGGGGCUGGAGGUGGACCAGUACAUGCUCGGUAUUCUUGUCUACAUCCAGAAUUCUGACUACGAGGAGAUCACCAUAGACCCGGUGUGUGGCUGGAGGCCAGUUCCCGUCAAACCAGAUCUGCACGUAAAGGAGGAGCCUGACGGUCCGGUCCUGAAACGCUGCCGCACAGUCAGCCCGAGUCACAUGGUCCUGCCAAACGUUAUGGAGAUGAUCGCCGCCCUGGGCCCGGCGUCCACUCCCUACCAGAGUCUGACGGCAGGAGGCAGGAACACACCCGACUACAACAGGCCAGGGAGCCAGGGAUUCUCCAGCCAAACAGGAUUUACAGACUUCCCCAACACUCCUGGCACCCCGACCCUAGGAGAGUAUGCCUCUGGACCGCCACCUCCACUCCCCUAUCAGUCUGACCAGACGCCUCAUUCUGGACGAAUCGAACACUCCCAAAACAUCCUGCAGCAGCACGGUUCAGGUGUUCACGGUAGCCAGAGUCUAAGUGACGCCGGCAGUCCGCUGCCGCAGAGGAGCACCAGUACCCAGAACUCCAGGCUGCAGAGCGAUGGGUCCUUUGGUCUGGGAGGCCCAGGAGCACCUGGAGGAGAGGGAGCCGAUCAUGCACUGGAUCUUCUUCCGGAGCUGACCAACCCGGACGAGCUGCUCUCCUAUCUGGGCCCCCCCGACCUUCCCAACAACAGCAGCGAUGACCUGCUGUCUCUGUUUGAGAACAACUGACGACCCUCAGAUUCUCACACCGCUCAUCUUCCAGUCCAGCCUCCGCUUCUCCGUUUUGCUGUAGCCCGACCCACCUCGGUCGAAGACUGCACCGUCUCCGCGGGCACCCGCUACUUGUGUGUGUGUGUGUGUGUGUGUGUGUGUGUGUGUGUGUGUGUGUGUGUGUGUGUGUGUGCGCAGUGAGAGUGUGUACGAUUGCUUUCUGUGUGUCUUUUUGUCAUUUUUGAAGCGUCCUGCUCUUCUUCGAAGUCCAUUCAGUACAGCAUAGGGGAAUAUGAAGGAACACUCUCCACAUGAGUAUGAAGACUAUACCAGAACAGACAGACAGGCAGCGACUGUGCAGACCAGCAUUUUAAACUAUAGCACAAAUCACAGGCUGAAGGAUCCGUAUCAGUAGAUUAUAAUAGUCGCAGUGGAGCAUAACAGAAACCUGGCUGGUGUUUAUGAGGAGUUAGUGGACACAUUAAUAAAGUGGUUGCCAAACUUUUACUGUUGGGGCUCUCACAUACACCCACAUAAACAAACAAACACACACAUACACACUUCCCUUACUGUGACUGUUGCAUUUUGGCUGCAUAUUUCAAAUAUUGCGAUACUGUCUGAGACGUUACUGCAAAACGAGAGAGCGACAUGGUGCCAUUCACAGUGCGGGCAUGAAGUUUUGGUCACAUUUUGAUUGGAAUUAUUUGUCUUAAAGGAAUAGUUCUGAAUUUUGGGAGAUACGCUUAUUUCCUAUUCUCGCCAAGAGUUGCAGUAUAUCUGCCCGUUAGCCACCAGUUAGCUUAGCGUACAAACUGGGAGAAGCGGGAAACAGCCAGCCUGGCUCUGUCCCUUCAGUACUAGUUCACAUUAGAGAUCUACCGGACCCAUGGAAAAACCUUCCCAAAACAGGACUCGAGCACAGCUAGACCCGUCCCGCAUAGACCCGAGGAUGGGUAGACCCGCUCCAAAACACCUGGACGGAGAGAGAGCACCACCACCGCAUGGUGCAUUAUCAGUUGACUCAAUCAAUUAACAAGCAGCCGUGGUGGAAGAGAGCGGCAGUGUAUUAAUACCGAUGCCCUACGAACGAAUGUUAAGUCAGAGAAACUAAAAUAAUUAGUUUAUAUCCAUCAAAGACAAAUUUAUGUAAAUAAUUUAAAGUCCUGUUUCCACCUCCUGCACCAGCAAUAAAACAUUUUGUAGCCAACUGGGUUAUAGAACAACAAAAGACAGUAUUCUAACCCGCGUAAUAUCUGUGAAUCAGAUUCCAAAAACUGUCAUUUAAAAGCAUAAAUCUUGUAGGCCACAGACUUUCCUAAAAUAAGCUCAGUUCCCUCGUCAGAACAAAACUCGUCACCCUCCUCUCACCCCGAAACACCUGACACGCUCGGGUCCAUUCGGAUCCACUCGGGCAUUGGACAUAUUGACAGACAGACCCGAGACCCGACUCGAUUUAGACUGAGCAGAGUCUGGACCCGGGUCGGGUCUUGGUUCCUCGGAACCGAACGGACCCGCGGAGUCAUUUAGUUCAAAUCUACCUUGAGCCCCAGACAUUUUCAUUGUCAGGGCCUCCUGCAGUGUAUUAUAGCCAAUGUCUUCCCUGAAAUCAAGACCACCCCUGCCAACAUCAGACACAGUACGAAAGAAUGAGUGACUGGACGAAAUGAAUUCAAUUUGAGUGUCCUUCCAUCUCAUUGCCCAGCCCCCACGUCCAAUAUUCCAGCUGUUCACAAAUCAGAUCAGGUGAUAAUUUAAAAACAAAAAACAAAACAACAAACACCGAUAGUAAUCUCCCACUCCUUACUGAUACAAGUUAUUGUAUUAAAUAUUACAUUUCUAUUCAGCUUCAAGGAGAAACAGCAGAGAAACUACAUCACACAGCAAAGGAGACAUAAUUAAUCAGGUAACUGUUUAUGGAAAAAGGAAGAAGCAGAGACGCGGCUCCGUCAGUCGCAGUCAGGUCACGUGACUGAUGAAACACUCACUGAGUUUUCCUGUCCUCGUGUUUUUUUUCGUACCCGUGUUGGUUGGAGCAGUCAGGGUUGGUUCGUCGUCGUCUUUAAGUUCUUUCACGUGGACUUGUCUAUGCUUUACUUACACCACUUUGAUGUAACUCCCCAGUUCGGGAACCGCUGCGUUAAAGGAUAAGGCCCAUGAUAUUCUGUUCUUUUUAUCGUCAGCAAGUUGCAUGAAAAAACCAAACUCAGCCACGUGUAAGUCAGUUUCUUAAACUCUCUGACUCUGUCUGGAGAUGCAAGUCUUUAAAUACACCUCAAGAAUGUAUAGUUUCAUUUUUUAUUUUUAAGAACAUGGCUCAGUAAUUUUCCUACAACAUCUUCUCACUGUAGUUUUUUGUCAAACAGGAGGGAACAGAACAUUUGUUGGGGACUACUUUCAGCGGCGGAUUAAUCCAGAUUUGGUGCGCUAGUAUUUGUGGCAGCAGGACUGUGUGUGUGUGUGUGUGUGUGUGUGUGUGUGUUGGACUGAGUCAGAAUAAACUACAGUGUGUGUGUGUGUUCACGGUGAUGAAGGACCAGUGUGGCUCGCUGGCGUGUUUUAAGUGGUUUUUGGAGACGGUGGAGCUCCGUGGCUCAGAGGAACCGGAUGCAUCAGGCUUUAGAUUCACACACAGUUCCUGUCAGUGGGAGACGUUCACUGUCGGUUUUGGUCUUUUCAUGGGAUUUGUUAUAAGGCAGAUCUAGAAUAUCACAGGACUUAUCCUUUAACGCAUGAUGAUGAUGAUGUAAGAUAAGGGCGGCUAAAAGAGGUCACGUUUAUGUUUCUCUGGACUGAUGAUGGGGUGAAAAAGAAAAAAAGAAAAAAAAGGAUCCAAGGGUGACGGCCUCACACAGUAGACGAGGACAGGAUAAAGGCCCAGCCUAUGAGGGCCCAGGACCAGAUGUAUCAUAGACAUUUUUAAUACAUGAAGUUGGGAGAACGCUGAGGUUCACUGUAUCUCCGACAUCCUUCAGCACUGUGAAAUAUAUCAAAACUCCCGCCUUUCACUCUGUUGAUUUUACCCUCUUUUGGGGGGGGGGGGCAUACUGUAAAAGCUGUGUGUCAUGGCAUUUUCUGCCAUUCGAAAGCUAUUUGUAUGUUUUUAAAUGGUUUGACAUUUAUAACCCAUCACGACGCGGGUUUAUGUACUGUAUAAUCAGCUGUUUUCAUUAGAGAACGUGUGUGUAACAAAUGAAUUGUUAAUCAUGGUAAUUUUAAUGUUAUUAGUUGGAUAAUGGAUCAUUGUUGGUACUGUAUACAUACUGUACGCUAGGAAAAUAUAAACCAAUUGUAAAAAUUUGAGGUCGUACAUACGUACGUGAUGCAUGUAUGACAGAAACGGGACAGUCAGCUGACACUGAGUGAUGCAGUUAAAGAUGCCGAGUUUGAAAUUAUUCCUACUACCGCUUUUUAAAAGCUGACGUUUUUUUUUUUUUUUUUUCUAUGAAUGAUUUUCCGAAUGAACCCUUUGUGGUCCAACACGGCCUCAACAAGGUAACAACAAAAUCAUGUUAUUUGCCGACUUGAGCAACACGAUGACGUUGUGUUUGGAAAUUGUGGACUAUUUAAAACUGCAAAUUUCUAGAAAAAAAAAAAGGGUUUUUUUUAAAUAUGUAAACUAUUCCACAUAUUUUGUAACACAUUGUAAUUGCCAUUAUUUUCUAUUUAUUUUUUAAUCAUAAUCGUCAUUGUACCUACAGUUACGUUGUCCCUUUCCUGAAAGUCAGAGUCGGAAUUAAAAAUCACUUUAUUUGACACAAAGAGUUUGUUUUGGAAGCUCUGAUUUCCAAGUCAGAUCGGUAGCUUUCUAGACGUGCACCGCGACCCAACGCCAGAUCGUCUAACCAAGCUGUAGAUAUUCACGGAAGCUGUGACGAACAGGCAUUUGUUGAUUUAUUUAUUUAAAAAAAAAAAAAAAAGUCAGCUGAAGAUGCCACAUUAUUUCCAGUGUUGAUGCAAACCCAGCAAUUUGUAAUGGAUGUUCUUUGCUCCAGAAACCGAGAGACAUUAAAUUGAGACUGUAACUUGUGAAAGAAGAAAAAAAGUAUCUUCCACUGACGAAUAAAAAGUUUGUAUUUAUAAGAGAUAAAAUG